AUGCGCGGCGGAGGGGCCCCGGCGCGGGGCCAGGCUGGGGCGGCGGCCGAGCCCGCCGAGCUCAUACGGCGCGCGCACGAGUUCAAGAGCCAAGGGGCGCAGUGCUACAAGGACAAGAAAUUCCGCGAAGCCAUCGGCAAAUACCACCGGGCUUUGCUGGAGCUGAAGGGGCUGCUGCCACCCCCCGGGGAACGGGAGCGGGACUCGCGCGCCGCCUCCCCGGGCGGGGCCCCCAAGCCCAGUCGCCUCUCGGAGGAGCAGAGCAAGACGGUGGAAGCCAUCGAGAUCGACUGCUACAACAGCCUAGCAGCCUGCCUACUCCAGGCUGAGCUUGUAAACUAUGAGCGAGUCAAGGAGUAUUGCCUCAAAGUCCUGAAGAAGGAAGGGGAGAACUUCAAGGCCCUUUACCGGUCUGGUGUGGCCUUUUACCACCUUGGGGAUUAUGACAAAGCACUCUACUACCUGAAAGAAGCAAGGACCCGACAGCCAACAGACACCAACGUGAUUCGGUAUAUUCAGCUGACGGAGAUGAAGCUCAGCAGAUGCUCCCAGAGAGAGAAAGAAGCCAUGUAACUAGGAGGCCUCUCCAGAGCUGCACCCACACCUCACCGGGGACAUAUGGAGAUGUCCGUACACCCCUGGUGGAGAGCCCCUCCUUGGGUUCUGUCUCUUUGUCCCCACUUCUUCCAGCUCCCCUUUUUUCUCCUUUCGCCCCUCAACUCUUUGUCUACUCCCAAUGUGAAAAGAAGGAGAGAUGCGAAUUUGGAAUCUGUUGGGUUGCCCAGACAAUGUUGACAUCGUCUUCUCUAGCAGGUCAGCAACUAAGAGGGGCCCAACUUCUGCCGGGAGAGCUGCAGAGGAGUUUCAAGGGUUGGGAAUGCCACUGUGGCAUUGACUUUAGCCAGUACGUCUGAUGAGGCAGAGCCUGGCAGGUGUACCAUCCCAAAGGUAGUGGGCACACAGCCCAUAGUCUGGACCCAUCUACACCUUCCUGAUGCUCAGAGCUUCUCAAGGCAAUGGUAACAAUUCCAGGGAUGAGACAAACACCAGAAGCAUUGGUUAAGCCAACAUGGAGACCAUGAAUUUGUGCACUGGAGUCCCCAUGCCCCUGGACACCUUAGCCCCGCCUCGCUCCCUCACUUGUUGUCUUGUGCUUCCUUCUCCUCCCCUUGGGGAUCCAGACUCUGCCAGGAUUCACAUGCCACUGAAGCCCACUCUCAGUGCCCUCUGGUGACCACACAUACCAUUCCCCCGUCCUCCCACCCAGCAGGCAGCUGUGACAGCAGAAGGGCAGGGUGACAUGCACCAAGGAUUGGGGUAGGGCAGACCACGUAGGUUAUAGGGGGAGGGAGAGAGGACGCCUAGGGGAAAGAGCAUUGUACAGGCUGGGGGACUGAACUGUGGACUAAUUAAGUGUAAAUAAAAAUAAGUUAACAGGCAGCAGUUCCUGUCAUUUCUGUUGAAAGCAGCCCACUCCCUCACUUUUACUCCCUCCCCCAAGCCUCCAACAGAGCUACUUAUAGCCAGGCAGGAUAGGACUUCCCCGAAAGCAAUUGGCCAUUUGUCCGGUGGUAUACAGUGUUGGCUACAGCCUUUGUGCUUUUAAGAGUGGGCUGGGAUUAUGGAGACUGUCCAGAGUCUUGGCUUUGUGGGAACUUGUUCAGCCUCUUUUUGAUGAAAUUAUCUGAACUCAGUAUCUAGCACGUAGAAUGUGUUCAACAAAUAUUUGUUGAAUGUAUAAAUUAUGACUGCAGACUGGCUCUCCUGCCUUAAACUACUUUUAUCCCAGCCUAGUUUCCUGAUAGCUAUGUUCUCUAUGCUAUGCCAUGUUGCUUCAGUAAACAAGAAACAUUUACUGAGGGCUUAUUGUUUGCCCAUCGUUGUGCAAUAUGCUGUGGGACAUCAGAUGUAGUCCCAGUCUUCAAAGAGAUGGAAGAGCUGAGAAAUGCAUAUGAGAUUAUUACCAAUGACACCUUUAACUUAUAUGAUGCUUUAAAAUUUUCAAGGCACUUUCAUGUAUUUUUUGUGUGAUUAGUGAAAAAGACAAUAUUGUACAAAAUUGAAAUAUAUACAGAUGCAAUAAUGUUAAUAGUUAGGAUUUAUUAAAUGCACUGUCUUCAGAUCUUUA